AUGGCCAUUAUCAAAAGCCCGCGUCUUUUCCAUGUCAUCGAAAUGGGCCAACUCGACCUUGCCUACAACGCCUACACUCAUGAAAUGAUCAACCUCUCCAUUCGUACUAUGCUCGAAGAGCUGCAACCAAAUCUUUACGAAGAAAGCCUUAUCCGACUCGUGGAUUUUGGACAUGAACUCGGGCACAUCAUCGAGUCUCUUGCAAAGUUCAACAUUCUACACGGAGAAUUUGUUGGCAUCGGUAUGGCAAUGUCUUCCUUUCUCGCUCAUCUGAAAGGCGUACUCUCACGAUCAGAUAUGGAGCACAUCUUCAACUGCAUUCUGAGCUUGGGACUUCUGAUAUACACAGAUGAAUACAACUGCUGCAAUGCACAUAUCCCGUGGAACAAGAUACGAACAGAAGGGAUUGAACACAAAGACGGCAUGCUUCACCUGGCGGUGCCAGAGGCUGUUGGCCAGGCACCUUCAUAG